AGCACCUUCUGGUGCAGCGCAGGCAGAGCCGAGCGGCGAUCUGCAGCAUCAGAGGAUGAGGUUUUGGCUGAGAAAUGAAGAGAUGGCCCUAGAAGAAAUGGUGCAGAGAUUAAACGCGGUUUCCAGGCACACUGAUGAGAUCAUGCACCAGGACAUCGUGCCGCUCUGCGCUGCGGACAUCCAAGAGCAGCUCAAGAGGCGCUUCGCUUACCUGUCAGGUGGGCGGGGACAGGACGGAAGUCCAGUCAUCACCUUCCCCGACUACCCGGCCUUCAGCGAGAUCCCGGACAAGGAGUUCCAGAGUGUCAUGACCUACCUCACCAGCAUCCCCAGCCUACAGGAUGCAGGCAUUGGAUUCAUCCUGGUGAUAGACCGAAGGCAGGACAAAUGGACCUCCGUGAAGGCGUCGGUCCUGCGGAUAGCCGCCUCUUUCCCAGCAAACCUGCAGCUGGUCCUUGUUCUCCGCCCGACGGGGUUUUUCCAGCGGACUCUCUCCGAAAUCGCCUUCAAGUUCAAUAGAGAUGACUUUAAGAUGAAGGUGCCGGUCAUAAUGCUGAGCUCAGUGCCAGAACUGCACGGCUACAUCGACAAGUCUCAGCUGACCGAGGACCUCGGAGGCACCCUGGACUACUGCCACUCCAGGUGGCUGUGCCACCGCACGGCGAUCGAGAGCUUCGCGCUCAUGGUGAAGCAGACGGCUCAGAUGCUGCAGUCCUUCGGGACUGAGCUGGCGGAAACAGAACUGCCCAAUGACGUCCAGUCGACCAGCUCAGUGCUCAGCACCCACACCGAGAAGAAGGACAAGGCGAAGGAAGACCUGCAGCUGGCCCUGAAGGAGGGGCAGCGCAUCCUCGAGAGCCUCAGAGAGCCCCUGGCUGAGAGCACCGCACACAGCGUCAACCAGGACCAGCUGGACAGCCAGGCCACUGUGCAGAGGCUUCUGGCCCAGCUGGAUGAGACGGAAGCUGCCUUCGAUGAGUUCUGGGCAAAGCAUCAGCAGAAACUGGGACAGUGCCUGCAGCUCAGGCACUUUGAGCAGGGCUUCCGCGAGGUCAAAGCCACCCUGGACACGGUGUCCCAGAAGAUAGCCACCUUCACUGACGUCGGCAACAGCCUGGCCCACGUGGAGCACCUGCUGAGAAGCCUGGCCAGCUUGGAAGAGAAGUCCAGCGUGGCCGUGGAGCGGGCCCGAGCCCUGGCCCUGCAGGGCCAGCAGCUCAUCGAGAACAAGCACUAUGCCGUGGACUCCAUCCACCCCAAGUGCGAGGAGCUCCAGCACCUCUGCCACCAGUUUGCCACGGAGAUCAGCAGGAGACGGGGGCUUCUCAGCAAGUCCCGAGAGCUGCACAGCCUCCUGGAGACGUCCAUGAAGUGGUGUGACGAGGGCAUCUACCUGCUGGCCUCCCAGCCGGUGGACAAAUGCCAGUCUCAGGAUGGUGCCGAGGCUGCCCUUCAGGAGAUUGAGAAGUUUUUGGAGACUGGCGUGGAAAAUAAGAUCCAGGAGCUCAGUAAAAUUUACAAGGAAUACGAGACCAUCCUCACCCCAGACCUGCUGGAUCACGUGCAGAAAGUCUUCCAGAAGCAAGAGAGCAUGCACGAGAUGUUCCACCGCAGGCAGGCGAGCCUGAAGAAGCUGGCGGCCAAGCAGACCCGGCCCGUGCAGCCUGUGGCCCCCCGGCCGGAGGCGCUCACCAAGUCGCCCUGCCCCUCCCCAGGCUCCUGGCGGGGAUCUGAGAACUCUGGCUCUGAAGACAGCGCGCUCCGGAGGGGGCCCUACAGGAGGGCCAAGAGUGAAAUGAGUGGGAACCGACAGGGCCGGGGCAGCUCCACAGGGGACGAGGAGGAGGGCCUGGCCAUCCUGCGCAGGCACGUGAUGAACGAGCUACUGGACACCGAGCGGGCCUACGUGGAGGAGCUGCUUUCUGUCCUGGAGGGCUACGCGGCUGAGAUGGAGAACCCUUUGAUGACGCACCUCAUUUCGACUGGCCUGCACAACAAGAAGGACGUUCUGUUUGGAAAUAUGGAGGAAAUCUAUCACUUUCAUAACAGGGUCUUCCUGCGGGAGCUGGAACGCUGCACGGACUGCCCAGAGCUGGUGGGAAGGUGCUUCCUCGAAAGGAUGGAGGACUUCCAGAUCUAUGAGAAGUACUGUCAGAACAAGCCCCGCUCCGAGAGCCUGUGGAGACAGUGCUCCGACUGUCCCUUCUUCCAGGAGUGCCAGAAGAAGUUGGACCACAAGCUGAGCCUGGACUCUUACCUGCUGAAGCCCGUGCAGAGAAUAACCAAGUACCAGCUGCUGCUCAAGGAAAUGCUGAAGUACAGCAGGAACUGCGAGGGGGCCGAGGACCUGCAGGAGGCGCUGAGCUCCAUCCUGGGCAUCCUCAAGGCCGUGAACGACUCCAUGCACCUCAUCGCCAUCACCGGCUAUGACGGGAACCUCAGUGACCUGGGGAAGCUGCUGAUGCAGGGCUCCUUCAGUGUGUGGACAGACCACAAGAAGGGCCACACCAAGGUGAAGGAGCUGGCCAGGUUCAAGCCCAUGCAGCGGCACCUGUUCCUGCACGAGAAGGCCGUGCUGUUCUGCAAGAAGCGGGAGGAGAACGGGGAGGGCUACGAGAAGGCCCCCUCCUACAGCUACAAGCAGUCCUUGAAUAUGACUGCCGUCGGCAUCACAGAGAAUGUGAAGGGUGACGCCAAGAAGUUUGAGAUCUGGUAUAACUCGAGAGAGGAGGUCUACAUCGUCCAGGCACCAACUCCUGAAAUUAAAGCCGCAUGGGUGAAUGAGAUUCGGAAGGUGCUGACCAGCCAGCUGCAGGCGUGUCGAGAAGCCAGCCAGCACAGGACCCUGGAGCACUCCCACAGCCUGCCCCUGCCCGCGCCGUCCAGCACCAGCCCCUCAGGAGGGAACUCGAGACACGUCAAGAAGCUGGAGGAGAGGAAGACAGACCCCCUGAGUCUGGAAGGAUAUGUAAGCUCGUCGCUGCCGAAGCCCCCCGAGAAAGGCAAAGCUCCUCCUACCAGCCCUGACAGAAAGGCUAAGCGGCAUGCAGUAAAGAGCGACCCGACUCCCUUUGGUUUGCGAGGCUGGAGCAAAACGUCCCACUCACUGGAGGUCCCUGAGGACGAGGGCGGCUGGUCAAGUGCUGAGGAGCCCAUCAACUCAUCCGACGCAGAGGAGGAUGGUGGAGUGGGCCCCAAGAAGCUGGUCCCUGGGAAGUACACAGUGGUGCUGGACGAUGAGAAGGGGGGCCCAGACACCCUCGCCAUGAGGAGCGGGGACGUGGUGGAGGUGGUGGAGGAGGGCGCUGAGGGGCUCUGGUACGUGCGGGACCUGAGCAGCGGCACGGAGGGCUGGGUGCCGGCCAGCAGCCUGUCGGCUCUGCUGGGCACGUCCAGCUCGGCGCAGUGUCUGAGCAGCUCAGAGUCGAGCCCAGGGUCGGCCGUGCUGAGCAACUCCUCGAGCUGCAGCGAGGGCUGCCCGGCGCCCUUCUCCGACCUCCAGGGCUAGGACAGCCUCUGCCCUGCGCCCGCGCAGACCCGCGUGCAGUCUCUGGUCGUCUUUUGCUUGGGCUUGCGUAGUUUGGGGAGGGGACGGCGCUCCAAGGUAGCCAAACACAGGAGGACCCCAGUGCACCCGCCGGCCGCAGAGGGACACGGGCCUCAGCAGCCGGCCCCCGGGGGCAGAAGCCAGCUCCCAGGACCAGGCCCCAGGGCCACUGCAAGGUGCAGAGAGGACAGGGGAGGGGCCUGGGGACAGCCCCUCACCCGCGCGCCGGCCGCCCUCCUCGGUGCGGGCGCCUCCGACGCCUGGUCUGGUGCUUGCUGUGGGAAUGUCCCGGUGGGAGCCGCCUCGGAAAGCAGCCGGAGAGAGGGGCCUGGGGAACUCUUGUCUUUUAUAAGUUUCUGAUUUUUUAAAAACAGGGAUUAAUCCCGUGGCCAUUUUUUUGUGGUACUUUGGCCUCAAAUCUUUACCAAGAAUCACUGUGUUUACAUGAAAUGAUAAUUUGAUACUGUAUUUGAUAUAAAACUAUUUUUUUGUUACUGGGGUUUACAUCAAAGCUCGUUGUCUAUAUCACUAAAUGAUUUGGGCACUCUCUGAAAUGCCGGCACCCCUUGAAGCACACCUGGUCACAGGUGAGACAGCACACAUGGAUAAAAUCAGGUGGAGUCUCACAACCAAAAGCAGUAAGAAACCAGGUCCUUCUACAUGCAUCGGCCUCAUUUCAUAAGAAAAUUUAAACUCUGAUUCAAAAUAUUAACCUUCUUUUCUACAAAAUAAGGGGACUCUCAAUUUUUUAAAGAGCUUCACUGAAUUAGUGUAUUUUUGUUGUUUUUAAAGACAGUGUAGAGGUGCAGUUUCUGUGGGGUCUCUGGGCUCCCUGUCCACCGUGCUGAGUGAACAGGUGUGCUGGCGCCUCAGGCAGGACCAAGUCCUUCUCUGGCACCACCUACCUGGCCUUGCAGGAAAGUCCGCAGGUGUGGUUAGGGUCACCUUGAGUGCUGUGUGCAGGGGUCUCCUGUGUUCAAAUCAUGGCAGAACUGGAACCAAAACCCUUCUGCUUUUCAAACCCUUUUUGUGUUUCAGAAACAAAUCUGUCCUCUUGAGACUUCCUGGAGGGCAGGUGUGGUAGGUGUGUGUGUGUGUGUACAUACGAUCUGGAUGUAAAGGCGUAUUUAUGGUCUCAUGCUGCUGAACAUGUGUCACUUUAUAGUCCUCCCUGUCUCCUUGCCCUGCUGCCGUGGGGGCUGCCGCCCCGCUGUGGCCAAGGCGAAGCGCCCUCCCCACCCUGCGGUGCGUGGAGCCCUUGCUGGCCAACCUCCAGAGGAGGGGAUCAAGCACGAGGCCUGUGAAGACCCGCAGCGCUUCUCCUGGUGCACACUUGGAAACGGAGUGUGGUCCGCCUCAUCUCCAGUCCAGACGCGGCUCCUUCUGUCUCAACCUGGGCUGGCCCUCUCUGUGAUCUCUCCCUCAUGAAGGCACUUUAAAACGUCAUGUUUCAUUGACUGUUACUUUUCCUUUAACUGCUGAUGUAAAUGAAAGUUAAAAAUCAGAGCUCUUUAUUGUAUGGAUGAAGUUUGAAUAAACGUCAGAAACCCCUGC